GCUCUGCACUUAAAAACACUCUCAUGUUCUGCAGCCUGACACUGAGCUGCUCUCCAGCAAACAGUUGGACUUCAGCUCACAGUAGAGCACAAUGGAUCUUUCAGAUGCUCUUGGUGACUGGCCCCCUGGGGGCAACAACCAAUCAGGAGGUCCUUGGCCUGCCAACCCCACCUGGCCAGGUCAGCCAGCAAACAACCCCACCUGGCCUGGGAGUCAACCUGCUGCCAACCCCACCUGGCCUGGGGGUCAACCUGCUGCCAACCCCACCUGGCCUGGGGGUCAACCUGCUCCCAAUCCCACAUGGCCUGGGGGUCAACCUGCUCCCAACCCCACCUGGCCUGGGGGUCAACCUGCUCCCAACCCCACCUGGCCUGGAGGCCAAUCCGGAGGCAAUAGUAUGUGGCCAGGAGGGAACCCAAGUCAACCCACUGCACCUGGUUCAUAUGGACCUGGACAACCUAUGCCAGCCGCACCCCAAAAGAAUCUUGCUAUUCCCUAUCAAGAGAAACUGCCAGGGGGAAUGUAUGAGAAACUACUGAUCACCAUCAGGGGAACCAUAAAACCCAAUGCUAACAUGAUCACGGUGAACUUGUCUGCAGGCAAUGAUAUUGCCUUUCACUUCAAUCCUCGCUUCAAUGAAUCUGGAAGAAAGGUUAUUGUCAGGAACUCACUCUUCGGCGACAAGUGGGGGAAAGAGGAGAGGGAUGGGAAGCAGUUUCCCUUUGUCCAGGGUCAGCCGUUUGAGCUGAAGAUAUUGUGCACCAACACAGAGUUCAAGGUGGCUGUUAACAAUUCCCAUGUUCUUGAAUUCAGACAUCGGCUAACCAACCUGAGCUCCAUCAACACACUGGGCAUCUUCUAUGACCUCACCCUUUCAGAUGUUCGUGUUGAGAAAUUGCAAUGAGAAGUCUUUGACAUGACCGGAGAUGAAAACAAACAAACAAACAAACAAACAAACAAACAAACAAACAAACAAACAAACAAACAAACAAACAAACAAACAAACAAACAAACAAAAGACAUUUGGAGGUCAACUGCAAAUCUAUUUGAGAAAUACUGUGGAUCUACAAAGAUCGAACAAGAAUCUUAAAAGAACAAAAUUUCCCUUAACCUACAGAAAACAGUCACAAAUUCAUGAAAACCAAGUUUAGAACAGCUAAGAAUCAUAGAUUUAAGAUCUACCAGAUCUUUUUAAAACACAGCAAAAAUUGUUUUUGCUGGACCUCCAGACUAUCAGCUGAUCUACAGUGGAGAUGAUUGUUAUUUCUCCAGAACAUUUUUAAAAAGUCUCAGUCUCAGUGGUAAUCACAGCAGAUUAUUCUGUUCUGUCGUUUUUCUAGAUGAUUUCUAAAAGUUCAAUCUAUUGUCAAUCAACAGACAUCGACAACAGAUUUUAGUUUUGAAAAGUAAGUUGACUCAUACCGAAUAAAAUAAAUGGCUGUAUUGUUCAGUAUCUGACAUUAGAAGCCCCGUUUUGACUCAAUGUCACAUAUGCAUAGUUUCACAUGUAGUUAUGAAUGGUGUACAUUUUGAAAGGUGCAACUGUGAUUUUUACAAUAAAAUGUCAUGGUUUACCUAA